GCAGCCAUUUCUCAAUUGUAUAAAAAGCAAUGCUCGCGCACCAAUUAGUUACACUUACAAUUCCGCCGUCAAUCAGCUAACAGCUAUACAAAAGAAACUCAAUUGUUGUAAACUUAACACUAAAACCGAUCUAAAGCCAAACAAAAUGAUGUCUUACAAGCAUAUUUGGCAACUGGUCGCGUGCCUCGUUACCUUAGAAGUGGUUUGCGCCUAUCCCCAGGAACGCCACAGUUCCGUUGAAACCAAAGACCAAAGACUGACUGCAGACACUGUAACAGAUGUUGCGCAUUUGAAUCCCGAGCAGAAACUCGAGCAUCUCUACAAAUUUGAGCGCACAUUGAACAGGUUGCGCCGUGCUGUGGACGAUCUGUCCAAUGAGUAUGAGAAUGCCGAUGAUAUGGAACUGGCUGAGAUAAAUGUAUUUCGGCCACUGUUUCGUUAUCGCGGAGAAGUUGCCAGACGGGUGAAGAAUCCAACACCUCAACAGUUUGGCUAAAAUUUAGAUCCAUAAUUAUGGGCCUAGUUUAGUAUACUCAACUCAUCAGCUGCAUCAGUUUAUAACAUUAUCAUCACGUUUUGUACCAAAAGAUUUAGAUUUUAAAUUAAAAUUAAAAAAGAGACAACGUUAAGUUUGAUUAUUUAACAUUUAAAUACAUAUUUUAUUAGAUGUUUUAUACAUAGUA